UUUUACUCUAAAAAAUUUAUUCACUCUAUUUUUGAUAAUUUGCUUAAACUUCACAGUUUCUUAUCUUACGGUACUUGUUAAAUUAACAAAUCUGAAAAUUUCAUUAAUGAAUAUCAAUUGAUAUCAAGGAUAAGACUAUGUACUCGUUCGAUGUAAAUUCUUUAUUUACUAAUGUACCUCUAGUAAAAACAAUUGAUAUUUUAUAUGACUAUAUUUCUUCUAACAGUCUUAUAUUCCCUAUCCCUAUUAAUUUUUUAAAAUAUUUAUUGUUAUUAUGCACUGAUAAAGUUGAAUUCACAUUCGGGGGCGAACACUUUCAACAGAUUGAUGGUGUCGCUAUGGGCAGUCCAUUAGGACCGUUGCUAGCUGAUGUAUACAUGUCAUAUGUUGAAAACAUGGCUGACGAUCUCAUCAGAAGGGUUUCACUUUAUAAGAGAUAUGUUGAUGAUAUAGUCAUUAUAUGUGAAAAGCCUGAUGAUGCAAUGUGCCUGCUACAGAAAAUGAACACGGCUCAAAAUCACAUUAGCCUGACUUGUGAACAAGAGACGAACAAGCACCCACCGUUCCUAGACGUAUUGCUCAGUCGACGGGAGGAUGGCUCGAUCAGGAGGUCGAUCUAUAGGAAACCUACAUGGACAGGGCAAUAUCUUAAUUUCCAUAGCUAUUGUCCAGUCCAAUACAAACGUGGUUUAGUCAGAUGCUUAUUCAACAGGAUAAACCGUAUCUGCACCGAUGACACCAGGGAGGAAGAAACCAACUUACUGACGACAACUCUGAUACAGAAUGGAUACCCGUUGAGAUUUAUCGACCGGUGCAAAAGUUAUGUACCAUUGAAAAGUACACAGUGUUCCGUUGCUAAGAAAAAUGUCUACAUCUCAUUACCAUUUAGAGGUGAUUCACAUAGCUUUGUUGUGAGGAAAAGACUUAGAUCGGCCAUCUGUAAAACGUAUUAUGCAGCUAAGGUCAUCAUUGUAGAGAAGACCAAGUCCAUGUUACAGCACAAACCGAAACAACAUAUAAACGAUUACAUCACAUCCCACUGUGUUUAUCAAUUUACAUGUAUGUGUGGACACACAUAUAUAGGGAGGAGUAAUCGUGAUAUGCAGUUAAGGAAGGCUGAACAUGUACCUAAGUGGUUACAAAAACAAAUGACCUCAACAGAUCCGAUAAGUGCAGGUGACAAACAUCCAUCUUCGUCUAUCGCUAAACAUAUACUAGAAACUAACCAUAGGAUAGACAUGAAAACAGCCUUUAAAGUACUACAUAAAAGUGGUCAGAGCCGAGUGCUUAAAUUUAUUGAAGCUCUUGCCAUCCGUAAAUUUAAACCCCCUUUAUGUAUACAAAAACAAUUUGUACUCACGUUGAACCUACCUUGGUAGUAUUGAUUUUAAUUUUCAUACCAAGAAUAAGGUUUUCCUUUUUUUCUAUCCCUUCCUAUUCCUAUGUUUCCCAUUAACUUCA